UGCAUGCAUUGUUCAGAAAUUUACUUAAUCUAUUUCGUUCCGUUAUUCGACCACUAGAAUUGCAGUUAAUUGUGUGUGUAAUCAAUGUCACGCUCGUGUAUCAAUAUAAGGGCUUUACGCGAUCAUCAUAUUACCAGCAUCCUACCAGCUGUCAACUAGAUAUCACAAAUUGAACAAACACGUUAAUACAUGACAAAUUAAGUACUGCUGUAACUUACAUUUCCUCGGUUACGCGAUCAAACAAUAACGAAAUGCAAGCUGGAUACUAAUCGCGCAUUUUCGAAUACUCUGCUCAUAGUGUAUAAGACCGUGAUCAUGAACAAGAAGCAAAAAUCUAUACAAAUUUUGUCCGAGAGGUUGAGGCCAGGGUUACACGAUGUAGAUAGACAAUACCUAGAGUCUUGUGAAUUAGGAGACGACGAUUUGGUAAGAAAUCUGCUGAAUUCCGGAAGGGUGUCUCCCGAUCAGGAGGACACACAAGGAAGGACUGCCCUAGACCUCGCCAUAGCGAACGGCCAUGUUUCAUUGGUAGUAUUUCUCUCUGGAAAAGUGGGACCCAAGGUCAUCCACCAGGGACUGCUUUGUGCAGUUGAAAAUGGCCGUGAGGAGAUCUGCGAAAUUUUGCUGGAGAAUUCAAUCUAUCAGUCUACCUUGAAAGAAAACACAAACGAAUAUUCUUCCAUUGAAGGAAUUAUGUCUUCAAACGGUGACAAAGUGUCUGAAAUAUUUGAUGACGAUUCGUCGAUGAGAUGUAAAACUUCCCAGCUCUCUGAAAUGACAAUUAAAAAAAUGCUGAAGGAGGCUCUCAUUAAAGCAGCCAUAAGAAAUAACUUUCAGAUAGUACAGAUGGUCAUGAUAAAGGGUGCAUCAGUUGACAUCCCACAUGAUUAUUUCUGUUCCUGUAAAUCCUGUCUUGACGAACAGACAAGAGACUACAUGGUGUUCUGUAACAGACGACUGGAUACCUUUCGAGCGCUUGCCAGUCCUGCAUACAUUUCCCUUACAGAGGAAGAUCCUGUAAUGGCGUCGUUCUUUCUGAGCAAAAAAUUCAAACAGCUUCAGGUCAUGGAAACAGAGUAUAAGAGCACGUAUGAAGAACUGGAUUCCCAAGUACAGGGGUUCACUCUCGAGCUGUUAAACCAGUGUCGUACGUCGGAAGAAGUCAGAUACCUUUUGGAUUCACCCGAAAAUGACGAAUCGUCGCCCGAAAGUUUCCCUCUUCUACACGUGGCUCUUCAGAUGGAACAGAAAAAGUUUGUGUCGCACCCAAAGUGUCAGGCUCAAGUGUCAGCUCUCUGGUUCAGUGGUCUUAAAGGAAUGCGUCAUUUGAACCGGUUUGAGUUUUUGAUGUUGUCUAUUCCUCUUGGAAUGGUUAUCUUGCCCAUCUUGUCUCUGGUGUUUAUUCUUGCGCCUUGGAGCAAGGUGACAUUAUUGCUGAACACUCCCUCCACACGUUUCCUUAGCUACACGUGUUCUUACAUCACAUUCCUGUGUCUCAUCGUGUUGGGCAAGAUCCAGUUUAGCAACAUGUGGGUCUCCCUGGGUUGUGAUCAGACAACACCUAUUAGUUACGUCAUCAUUGUCCUCAUAUUCAUGUGGAUUAUUGGUUGGAUUUGGGAAGAGAUAAAACAAUUGUUUGACCAAGGUGCCAUAAAUUACUUCCGAUCUGUUUGGAACAUCAUUGACUCUUUAAUGCUAACAUUUUUGCUGACAUCUUUCACGCUGGAUUUCGUCAUUCCUAUAAGAUUGCGGAGUGCGAUGGCUUUUCAUCAGCUGAAUUACAAUGUUUCUGGAGAGAAUAUCAACAUCAAUCAACUUCUUUUCUGUUACGAAGUUGGAGAAGGAGCGAGCUAUUUCUCGCCUGACAACCAGUGCCCCACAUCAACAGUUGGAGUUGACUGGAUGCCAGACUGGAUCCCGGAUCCCGAGCUGAUAGCUGACAUUAUGUUUUCUGCUGGUAUUAUACUCAGUAUCGCUAGAAUCUCCUUCAUCAUGCCUGCUAAUGAAACAUUUGGAACCAUGCUCGUCUCCUUCAGAAGAACGUUUGGAGACCUUGUAAAAUUACUGGCGAUGUUCGUUCUCAUCCUGCUGAGUUUCUCCUGUGGACUAGCUGCUCUGUAUGCCGCACAUGUUUGUCAGACACCGCAUUUUCAAGGAUUUAGUGGUGUAAUUUUUGUCCUGAUAUGGUCUCUGCUGGGUUUCGGUGAGGGUAACACUCCUGUAUUGAAUCGAAGUGCACCAAUGACCUCCAUCACCAACAAUCCAUCACGUAUCGAGUUGACGGAGUGGUUCGGCUAUGCUAUAUAUGGAGUUUAUGUGUUCGCUGCUAUUGUUGUGCUUAUGAACUUGCUGAUAGCUGUCAUGAGCAAUACUUUCCAAGAAGUCCAGGACGAGAGAGAUACUGAGUGGAAAUUUUCUCGCACUGAAUUAUGGAUGACAUUUAUUGAACCCGGGUGUCCAGUGGCUCCACCCUUCAACAUAAUACCAACUGUCCAAAAUGUUUGCACCGCGUGGAAAAAGUUCCUUUCUAUCUGUGUUUCUUGCAGGAAACACAAACUCAAAAUAAACAAGAAAAGAAAGUCAAAGAAGAGAUUGGAUGAAGAAAUGACAUAUUCGCCCUCUUGUCCAAGUUCACGACAGAGUGUUAUGUGUGCUUUAAUACAAAGAUACAUAGUGCAGGCCUCGCGAGAAAAGUUGGAAAGCGACGAAGAUGCAUCAGAGGACCGCAUACGGCGAUUGAUUGAACGAACAAGUUCCCGCCUAGACAAACGACUGGAUGAAAUCACGGGUCACGUGCAACAUGUUGAUGAUCAUGUGUCUCACGUUGAUCAGGGCGAAAAGGAUAUUCAACAAAUGCAGAAAGAAGAAAUGAAAAUGACUAAUUUGUUGUUAAAAACUCAAGAAAAAUACAGAGAAAUGUUGCAAAGACAGUGGGAAGAAGGGCAAAUGUUUCGAGAAAGGCGUUUACAGGAAGUGAAGUCGAUGCGCGGACAAAGAGAGCACCUUCUCCAACAGCACAUGUUUGAGGAAGCACGCAGAUUGGAAGAGACAAUAGCGGACACGCUGGAAGAGGCUGAUUACAUACCACGAACAACUCUGGCAUGAUGGAAGUUAUAUAAUGAAUGCGUGUGACAUAUUGUCAGCUUCUUUUCCAUCUAAAAAAACUUAUUUUAUGGUCGUUUUCUACAAAUUAUAAGCAAAGUUUUAAGGUUUUGUUAAGUCAUAUGUUUGCCCACCAGAACUGAGAGCUCAAGUGAGCUUUUCUGAUAACUUUGUCCGGCUUCCGUCUGUAAACUUUUUAUAUUUUCGACUUCUUUUCUAGAACCACUGGACCAAUUUCAUUCAAACUUGGCACAAAUUAUCCUUAGAGAAAGGUGAUUUAAGUUUGUUCAAAUGAAGGGCAAUUUUUAUUUUUUUUUAAGUGGAGAUAAUUUUUUAAAAAGACAAAAUCAAAGUGGGGUAAUUUAAAAAUAUUCCGUGAAAACAACUAGGCCAAAAAGUUUAAAUUUACAUGAAAGCUUCCUGACAUCGUGAAAAUUUAAGUUUUUCAAAUGACAGCCUUCGUGUGUAGAGUUGGGCCACAAUAGGGAAUAAAAGUUUUACAUCGAAACAUAUAGGAAAAAUCUUUGAUAAUCUCAUUAACAGCAGGACCAUAAUUAAUCGUAUUGAUAUGCAAGCAUCCCCAGGUAGUGCAGAUUUAAGUUUGUUCAAAUUGCGGUCCCAGGAGGUAGGUUGGGGCCACAAUAGGGAAUCAAAGUUUUACAUGGGAAUAUAUAGGAAAAAUCUUCUAAAUAAUAGCAGUUCCAUUAUUACUCAUAUUGAUAUGCAAACAUUCCCAGGUAGUGUGCAUUGAAGUUUGUUCAAACCAUGACCCUCGGGAAUAGGAUGGGGUCAGAAAAGGGAAUCAAAGUUUUUCAUUGGAAAAAUAUGGGAAUAUAUAGGGAAAAUAUGGGAAUAUAUAGGGAAAAUGUUUUAAAAUCUUCUUAUAACAACAGGGCCAUUAUUACUCAUAUUCAUAUGCAAGCUCACCUUGUUCAUACCCCCGGGAGUACGGUGGGGCCACAAUAUGGGAUCAAAGUUUUACAUGGGAAUAUAUUGGGAAAAAAUCUAUAUAAGGCCGCAAACGUGCCCAUAAAGCGCAGGGUUUUUUUUAUAAGGGGUGGGUCUUUAGCUUUUUGGUCUGUCCCAAUAUUUUCCCAGAGAGCUAUAAAUCUGCCUGCAGUUAUGCGAAUUCAAGUUUGUUCAAUUCAAGGAUCCCCGGGGGUGGGGGAGGUUGGGCCUGGGUUGAUCAAAGUUUAUAUAGGAACGUACAGGAAAUUAGUUGAAACAAAUCCUUUUCAAGAGUAGCAUGGGUACAGUAAAUCAUAUCAAUUUGCAAACAUCCCGAAAUUGCGCAUACAUGCAGCUAAAAUCGGGGAAGGGGGUCAUUGCUUUUGUCAAUCUAUCUGUCUUUCCGAAAAUUUAGCCGUGCUUAUAAUUUUUGAAUGGUUAGUGAUAUUCCAUGCUUAUAAUUUUUGAAUGGUUAGUGAUAUUCCGUGCUUAUAAUUUUUGAAUGGUUAGUGAUAUUCCGUGCUUAUAAUUUUUGAAUGGUUAGUGAUAUUCCAUGCUUAUAAUUUUUGAAUGGUUAGUGAUAUUCCAUGCUUAUAAUUUUUGAAUGGUUAGUGAUAUUCCAUGCUUAUAAUUUUUGAAUGGUUAGUGAUAUUCCGUGCUUAUAAUUUUUGAAUGGUUAGUGACCAUGCGUACCCUCCUUGUGACUUUCUUUUGGUUCCAAAGUUUUUGACCUUAUAUUUAUAACCUUGAAUUUUGAUCCACUUUUCAUAAAAGUUAACCUAGGCAAUAUCUCCUGAACUGUUUAAGAUAGGGCUUUCAUAUUUUCUAUAUUCAUAUUCCUUAUUACUAGACCUUACAUUUUAUACCAUCUUUUGACCUUGUAUCAUGGUUAUGUCGUGACCUUUGGGGCUAGGUUGGGGCCACAAUGUGAAAUCAAUUUUUUUUCCAUCCGAAUACAUGUACAGAUUUCUUUUUAAAAAUCACAUCAGUAGGGCCAAGGUUACUCAGGUGAGCGAUGUGGUCCAUGGGCCUCUUGUGUUUAGUUGGUCAAUAUCUUCUCUUUUUUUCGCAGAUGAAUAUGUCUGUAACGGUUCUUGCUAGCAAAAACACCGGGAGGUGAUAUUUCUGUCUAUAACAUAACCUGCUAAAUAAAUUGUAAUCAAAUGGA